AUGAUGAACAAAUCUCUUUUCUUGGUUGGAGAAAUUGGGGGAAAUGACUACAAUGUUCCUCUUACCUCUUUGGUGCCUGUUGAGAAGAUUCGCUCGUUCGCUCCAAGUGUUAUUUCCAAAAUUUCAUCUAUAAUCACGGAUCUGAUCGGAUUGGGAGCCAAAACUCUAUUAGUUCCCGGCAACCUCCCAAUCGGGUGCUUGCCAGUGUACCUCACGAUGUACCAGAGUGAUGACACGGGGGAUUAUGAGUCAGACACGGGAUGUAUCCGUUGGAUGAACGAGUUCUCACGCUACCACAACAAACUUCUUGUGGAUGAGCUGGAAAAGUUACGGAAACUUCAUCCUAGUGUGUCGAUCAUCUAUGCUGAUUACUAUGGAGCUGCUAUGGAGAUAUUUGUUUCCCCUUAUCUGUUUGGGAUCGAGGAUCCUUUGGUGGCUUGCUGCGGUGUAGAAGGGCCUUAUGGUGUUUCAGUAACCACAAAGUGUGGACAUGGAGAAUACAAGGUGUGUGAUAACCCACAAAAGUAUGCAUCUUGGGAUGGCUUGCAUCCCACAGAAACGUCAUACAGGGCCAUUGCUGAUGGUUUGCUAAGAGGCCCAUACACCCAGCCUCCAAUUGCCACCACCAAAAAUUCAUGUUCAAAACUUACCGAGCUUGUCUCGUCUGCGGAAUACAAGAUGUCGUUCCCAUAUAAUCAAGUGAUAUCUAAUGCCGGCAUGCGUGCCAAAUGA